AUGUACAGCACGCAGUCAUAUGGCCCUGUGCUCUGUGGGUGUGAGUGCGAGUACCCAACAACCUCCAUUUCCUUUCUCACAGGGAAGUUUGAAUGCGACUUGUGUGAGCGCUCCUUCAGUGAAAAAUGGGCCCUGAACAACCACAUGAAACUGCACAGUGGAGAGAAACCAUAUAAGUGCGCCUGGCCGUCCUGCCACUACGCCUUCCUCAACCUGUCAGCCAUGAAGGACCACUACAGGACACACACUGGAGAGAAGUCUUAUCUGUGUGACCUGUGUGGUUUUGCUGGAGGCACAAGACAUGCCCUCACCAAACACAGACGCCAACACACAGGAGAGAGACCCUUCAAAUGUAAGCUCUGCAACUUCGCCUCCACCACGCAGUCCCACCUAUCGCGGCACAAACGUGUUCACACUGGGGAGAAACCGUACCGCUGCCCCUGGUGCGACUACAGAUCCAACUGUGCUGAGAACAUCCGGAAGCACAUUCUCCAUACGGGCAAACACGAGGGCGUGAAGAUGUACAACUGUCCCAAAUGUAACUAUGCCACCAACUCUCCCAUGGAGUUCCGCAACCAUCUGAAGGAAAGUCACCCUGAUAUUGAGAAUCCAGACCUCGCCUACCUACAUGCAGGUAUAGUGUCCAAGUCUUUUGAGUGUCGCCUGAAGGGUCAGGGCGCUACGUUUGUGGAAGCAGAACUUGUGGAAUCCCCUACGAACAAGAAGGGCUCUCUCGAGGGAUCUGGCCACGAUGAGCCCGUCCAGCAGGUCAUCAUCAUCCAGGGCUACGGCGACGGGGAGGUGGCCAUCGACCAGGCCCUGGAGGAGUCGGCUGCUGCAACCUUGCAGACGCUGGCCAUGGCUGGCCAGGUGGCAGAGGUGCUCCACAUCACGGAAGAUGGACAAGUCAUAGCCUCGGGCAGGGAAGUGGCAUCCGCGGGGGCCCACCUGGCCGGAGGCAGCACCCAGUACGUGGUGCUAGAGUCGGGUGAGGCCAGGGAAGGGCUGCGGGCUGUGGCUAGGGGAGGGGUAGCAGUAGCAGGACAAAGUCACCUUGUUUCGGAGUCGUCCACAGCUCUGGAUGCUCUGCUCAGCGCUGUCAGCGAAAUGGGCCAUCAGGAGGAAAUGCAAGGAGCGGCAGCCGUCGUUCAUGAGGUCUUGACCCCUGAGAUAGCCGAGGCUGUGCAAAGUGAUGGGCAGACCGACAUGAAACAGGAACAGGACGACGUGCGGGUCAUCCAGCAGACUGGCCAGGAGGAGAUGCAGGAGGUGCUGCAGCUUGCUGCCUCCCAGAUGAUGAAGGAAGGUCUAACCCAGGUUAUCGUUAAUGAUGAAGGCACCCAUUACAUUGUGACAGAGCUGGACAACUGCACCUUACAGGUGGAGGGAAGUGUGUAUGGAGAGCCUGGGGCAGGUGACGGGGAGAUGCAGCAGGCAGAGCAGCAGGCUGGAGAAGAGAUGGUGGUCUAUCUGGAUGGAGCCCCUCAUAAUAUAGUUCUGGAAGGGUAGACGAGAGAAACAUUAACUUAAAGAGGUACAUUUGUCGUUCCAUUUCAGUUUUCCUUGUUUAAUUCUGUUAUAGCCUGCAUUAGGCCAAAUGUUUACCAGUAAAUCUAUUCCAGUCUCCACCCUUCUCUUAUCCUCUUUCAUUUUACCCGUGUUUGAUUCACUGUAUAUCUGUUUUCAGUUUUUUACCAUUCCCUCUUCGGCUAUGCUAAACUCAGGUUAAACAUCAUUUAUUUAGAAGGAGGUGGUGCUCAAGUGAGUUAACUUGCAAUACUCACAACCACCAAGGCUACAUUAACUACUUGAUUAGUGCCAUGCAACUUGAGGAGGUGAAUAUAUAUUCUCCUAAAAUGUUUUUUAAAUGCAUCUAAUAUGCUGAGAGUUAAAUGGGGAAAUAUGGAUUCUGUUCUGUAUAGGUAACAAUGGUUUUCUUGUAAAUGCAUUUUGUUUUCUUUAUGAUAUCUUUGUUUAAGAUUACAUUAAGUUUUGAUGUUAGAGUUGUGUCCUAUGACACAAUGGUUUAUUCAUAAGUCUAUUUUCUAAGGUUUUUUCUUUCCAUCCUUUGUAGUAAUUAGUAUAUCAUCAGUUAUGAAACAAUAACUUGAUGGACUUUCCAAACCGAUUUUACAGAUGAUUUACAUGUUACAAAAUAGAGUUGGUAAUGAUACAUUUGUGUUUUUUUUUAAAUCCCCUCAGCAGGUUGCAAGUACAGCUUUUGGGGAACCUCUAAAAACCAAUGCAAUUUCCUUUCUGACAAUAAAGAUUGAGACUAAAUUU